CACACACACAUCUGUACCUCUAUGUCCACGUCUACGUCCGCGCUAUUUUCUUCUAUUGUGUGUGGGGUGUGUGUGCUUUGCCUUUGCCGUUGCUUUUGCUUUUUCUGUUGCUCUCCGUCGCAUCGCAUCGUCAUCGUCAUCGCCCCGUAACUGCGUCUGCGUCCGUCUCCGGCUGCGAUCCAUCUAAGGAGCAUAUUUUCAACAAAAAAAGAUGCUUUUAGUGACUUUCCCACAACUAGUUGAGUUUUGGAUGUCAACACGAUGUAUUCUCGUACGCGUGCGGUGGCGAUGCUGCGAUUGCGUUAGCCGUUAGUUGUCGUUUCCGUUGCCAUUUCGAUAGGCGGGCGUAGCUGUUGGACUGACUCUCUGACUCAGGCUAAAAGUCAAACCAUAAUAAUAAUAAAUUUAAAGAAAAAAUAGAAAAAAAAACAAACAAACAAAACAACACACACAAAAGUGAGAAGCAUGCAGGAUCUAACGCGCGAAGAGGCCAUCGCCUUCAAUGCUUGUGAGCCACAACACAACAACAACAACCACAACCACAACAACAUCAGCAAUCGGCACACAACAACUGCAGUCAACAAUAAUAAAGCACAAAUGUGCACCAGCAUGGUGGUGCCCAAGUUCCAGAAGCUUUCACAUGACCUGCUAACCAACAUCAAACUGGAGGUGGACAGCGGUAGCAACUUGGAGUCGGAAUUGUGGCAGCAAACAACAGUGAAUGAACGUCUGCGUCUCGAGUUGAACAGCACAAAGCUGCUGCUGCAGGGCUCCGAUGAUCCGCUAAUCUCGCACGGAGCCAGCAACGAUCCGCACGAUGAGGAUCAGGAUUACCCCUUCAAGACGCUGCUGGCACGCAAGACCGAGGAACAGCAGUCAGUCCCAGUGGCAGUCCAUAAUGGAGCACAGUGCAGCACAUUGACGAAGCAACAGCUCAAGGCGAACCUGAUGAACGGACGCAAAGUGCAGCAACAGCGAUCACAGCCACUGGAUGAGUUAGCUUCCGCCCCAUCAGCAGCAGCAGCCUCUGUUGAGGUUGCAACACAGCGAGCCACACGUCAGAGCAAGUCCAAGAAACGUUCGAAUGCCAAUGGUGCCAUGAAGCUGCGCUUCCAUCAUCAAGCUCUGCCCGCCGAAUACGCUGCCCACUACGAGGCCACUCAGGGUCGCCAAGUGUCGGCGGCACGCACAAUGCCAGUCGAGGCACCUGUGGUCAAAGCGGCGCCACCGACCACGAAUCAUUCGCAUGAGAAUGUGCGCAGCUGGCUGCGCAAGAUCGCGGAGAUUCAGCGCAACGCAGAACGACAGCAGCAGGCGCAGGCCAACUGCAAGGAGGCCAAGAAGAGCACAGUGGCUUCCGUAGCCACCGCAGUAGCACCGCCUCCGCCGCCUGCUGUCACAUUGCUGGAACCGUUGCGAGAGGUGCCUCUUCCCAAUCCGAAGCGGAGCGCCAUGAAGUAUGCCGAUCUGCCGUACAUGGGCGAGAUCACACUGGACAACUACAAGCCCCGACGCGGACGCAAGCCCAAGAAGGCGGACAUCUGUCAUCUGAUCUACAAGAACUAUGGCACCAUUAUACCAGCGACACCAGCCACUGCAACCACAGCAACGACGUCGGCUCAACAUUUUCCAGCUGUUGCUGAUUUGAAGUCGACUCCGGCUUUGCUUUCCCAGCGCAGCGGACCUCUCACACUGCCAGCUGCGGGAUUUGUCAACCUGGUGGAUGAGCCACUGAAUCUGUGCAUGCGAGAUCAGUCCAGCGAUCGCUACUCCAUCUCCAGCGGCGACAGCGAGCGACCCUCCACGGACCUCAAUGCAACAGCCGACUUUUACAGGCCAGAGGAUAACAAGCCUUUCUCGCUGGAAUUUACGGAGGAUAAAAAGUCGAGAAUCUCCGCCAAGCUGCUGCUGAAGCCGAUGGGAUUGUAUUACCAGCAGAUCAUGGAAACCUGUCGCUUGGGUUUGCCCGUGGAGACCAUUGAAAAAGACAAUCAGCUAGCCCUUAAGAUACCCAUACCAAAUGGAUUCUUUGCCAACAUGAAUCCCACAGCACCAACUGCCGCUGCAUCGCCAGCUGCCAAGCGAGAGCCGCUGGAACAGCAGCAACAGCAACAGUCACCAGAAGCGGUGACACCACCUGCAAUGCGCAAGCGCAAACGCUCAGCAAUCUUUAUACCACCCAUGCCCGCUGAACACUCGUCCAGCCCAUCGACAGAGGUCAGCAUUUGCAAGUUUAAAUUUACGGGCGGUGCCAAGCCGACGUUGCAGGAGAAGAAAAUGCUCUCGGUGGAUGCGGAGGGCAAUUAUCGCUAUUACAAUGGCACCGGGGAUCGCAGCAUGCGUGGCUACGAGUUCAUCUCCCGGGAUCAGCAGCAACAGCAACAACAGACACAAUCGCAGUCGCAUUCAAUAUCCUCAAAUGGCAGCAGUGACAACAAGCUCUACAUCGAUAUUCCACCACCGUCGACGGAUCUCAGUCUGGAACUGUUGCACAUACCACCCGAGUCGCCCACCUCGUCACUACUUAUGUCCAGCAGUCUGGUGCCCGUUGAGCCGCAAAGCCCAUCCUGCUACUCGAGUUCACACAGUCCCAUGCGACUAUCAACACCACAUCCGGAGGACUAUCACAAGCGCACCGAAGAACUGCCACAACGCACAUUUUCGAGUCCAACUCCGGCUGCUGUGGUUGCCGCGACCAAGCGACGUUCAUCGCGACGCUCCAAGCAACGCGAGAAGCUAGAGAAGACAUUCAAGGAGAAGGGAUUUCUGAUACAAACGCAGCAGCUGCAAUCAGCUGAGGGAGCCACCUACUGUAAGUUCCGCCAGCUGAAGAAGUUUACGCGCUACCUCUUCCGCAACUGGAAGGAUCAUAUACCCGAAAGCGAUCUGGACAAGCAUGCGGGCAAGGAUAGCGAUACACGUGUCAUUGAGAAUAUGUUGGCCGGACAAAUAGGUCUGGGUCUUGAGGGUUUGGGCGCAACCCAAACGGCUGCAAAUCAAGCCACCUAAGUCGAAUUUAUAAUAAGUCUAACACCGAAAAAGCACUGCCAAAGAUUGAUAGAUUUACGAAUUUUGGAUUGUCGCGGAUUUGCCAAAGACAAUCGAAGUAUGUUGAUUCCGUCCAUGCUGGCUGGAACGUAUCUAGUCGUUCAUCAACUCUAGUACUUACUGUCAUUAUGUUAUUAUUGUUAACUAAUUAUGUACUUCUCACAUGACAAAAAAAAAACACCAACAACAAGACCAUUCGAAAUGAAAUAACAAUGGGGGAAAUUAAACUUC